GUGCUGCUCGUCCGUGAGAGAGACUCAUCCCGGGGCCCAGACAUGCCGUGGCCGAGCAGGAAGCGAAGUCAAGCAUCGGCUGAAGAUAAAAAGAAGCCUGAGACUAAGCAAGCCAAGCAUGAAAGUCAUGAGGAGGAGGAGGAAGAGGAGUCCAUGCCAUCUGCCGCGGAGAGUUCAAAACCAGCAAAGAAAAGCUCGGGAUGGGCUGUCAAGAAAGAGGCCAGCUCUGAUGGACAGGGAAGCAAGCAAGUAUACGGCCACUGGCUUCUGAAAUCGGAGCCGGAAAGCAGGUUCGAGAAGGGAGCAGAUGUGAAAUUUGGCAUUGAAGACUUAAAGGCUGAACCCAACCAGACAGCAUGCUGGGACGGGAUUAGGAAUUACCAGGCACGGAAUUUCUUGAGGGAUAUGAAACUUGGGCAAGAAGCAUUUUUCUAUCACAGCAACUGCAAAGACCCUGGGAUUGUUGGAAUUGUCAAGAUUGUGAAAGAGUUUUAUCCUGACCACACUCAGUUUGACAAGAAGGAUCCUCACUACGAUUCGUCCAGCAACAAAGAGAAACCCAAAUGGUCCAUGGUGGACGUCCAGUUUGUACGGAUGACUAAACGCUUCAUUCCCCUGUCUGAGCUCAAGGCUCACCACCUGGCACACACAGAGUCAGGAGGUCCGCUAAAGAACAUGCUGCUCUUCUCCAGGCAUAGGCUCUCCAUCCAGCCCCUGACAAAAGAGGAAUUUGAAUUCAUCCUGAGCCUUGAGGAGGAGAAGCCACGCUAGGCAGACUGACUGCAGCAUGGGGUCCCAUCGAUGCCAAGAUGAAUGUGUUCCCUUAACUAGAACGCUCCCUCCCAAAUUUAUCUUCAGACCCAGGCAUGAAGAAAGACUGCCUGGCAAACCAAAGCUUGAUAUAUAUGCAUAAUCACUUAUUUUGGUGCACAAUGCUUUUUAAAUAAAACUUUUUUUAAAGUUGAA